CGUUGCAUUUUUUCAUAACAUUGGCCAUUAUGUCAUACUUGAUUAUUGCUAUUUAUCAUCAUGGUUUGCAAUCUGUGCAUGUUUACACCAUUUACAACCUCUAGGCAUAUUUAUGUACUGAUAAUUAUAAUCGCAGGAAUCCGCGUCGUCAGCCUCGUCUGAUGUCCCUCAUGCGAUUGGGGUCAAAUCGAAGCAAUAUAAACCUCCGCGGAAAAGGCAAUCGAAAGGGGCGAAGGGUGCAAAAAUUCUCGACCCUGAGGAGCAGUCGAGGCUGCAGGAGCUGCGGUCAAGACGUGCAGCUGAAAUGAAGGUAAAACUGCAAUCGCUUGAGUAUGACCAGAAGGACAAGCUGUUGAAUUCUAUACUCACAAGAUUGCCAGGUCUCAUGUUCGAUGUCAUGGCCAUGCUUGAGAUACCACAUAGCCCUGACCCUGUCGGAGAUGUCCUGCAUUGGUGCACUUGCACCAAUUGUAGAGAAAUGACCACAGACCUGGAAAGGCUUUGUUGUAAGCAGACACCAGCUAAUUGCAUAAGCAACUCGGCACAUAUGGAGUUCUAUGUGUUGGAUGAGGGUGUGUUACGGCUGACCCGUGCGGCCUGGAAUGACAUUUUUGCGGUUGAUGACAGCCAGGAGCCGGGUGUUGAACAGCGUCAGUACAGACAUGCUGCCUACAGACAGUAUGUGCUGUGGCAGCAUGGCCGCCUGGGUGUGGGCAACAGAGUUGUCAUACCCAGCUGUUGUGUAUGGAAGGUCCGAAUCAAGUUCCCUGACCCAAGAGGCCAAUACACUGGAUUCCGGGUGCGCCGCCUUGAAUAG